CCGCCCGCCACUGCGCCGCGCGCGGCCAACAGCUCCCGCCUCGCAGCGGCCCCUCGCGUCCCCGCCUGCAGCCUCUCCCUCCGCGCCCCUCGGGCAUCCAGCUCUCCCCGCCCCGCCCGAGGUGUGAGCGCGCCGAUGCGGUGAUCCAGCCCGCCCGGGAGGAGCGCGUGGACCGGCGAGCGGGCGGCCAGCACCUUGACCAUGGCCUUGACACUGUUCGAUACAGAUGAAUAUAGACCUCCUGUUUGGAAAUCUUACUUGUAUCAGCUGCAGCAGGAAGCCCCUCACCCUCGAAGGAUCACCUGCACUUGCCAGGUAGAAAACAGACCAAAGUAUUAUGGAAGAGAGUUUCAUGGCAUGAUCUCCAGAGAAGCGGCUGACCAGCUCUUGAGUGUGGCUGAGGGGAGCUACCUCAUCCGGGAGAGUCAGCGGCAGCCCGGAACCUACACGCUGGCUUUAAGAUUUGGAAGUCAAACCAGAAACUUCAGGCUCUACUACGAUGGAAAGCACUUUGUUGGGGAGAAACGCUUUGAGUCCAUCCACGAUCUGGUGACUGAUGGCUUGAUUACUCUCUAUAUUGAAACCAAGGCAGCAGAAUACAUUGCCAAGAUGACGAUAAACCCAAUUUAUGAGCACGUAGGAUACACAACCCUAAACAGAGAGCCAGCAUACAAAAAACAUACGGCAGUCCUGAAAGAGAUACAUGAUGAGAGAGAAGCUACAGGCCAGGAUGGGGUGUCAGAGAAAAGGUUGACAUCACUUGUUAGAAGAGCAACUCUGAAAGAAAAUGAACAAAUCCCCAAAUAUGAAAAGGUCCACAACUUCAAGGUCCAUACAUUCCGAGGGCCGCACUGGUGUGAAUACUGUGCCAACUUCAUGUGGGGUCUCAUUGCUCAGGGAGUGAAGUGUGCAGAUUGUGGUUUGAAUGUUCAUAAGCAGUGUUCCAAGAUGGUUCCAAAUGACUGUAAGCCAGACUUGAAGCAUGUGAAGAAGGUGUACAGCUGUGACCUGACAACACUUGUGAAAGCGCACAUCACUAAGCGGCCGAUGGUGGUGGACAUGUGCAUUAGAGAAAUUGAGUCUAGAGGUCUGAACUCUGAAGGACUAUACCGAGUGUCAGGAUUUAGUGACCUAAUUGAAGAUGUCAAAAUGGCUUUUGACCGAGAUGGUGAGAAGGCAGAUAUUUCUGUGAACAUGUAUGAAGAUAUCAACAUUAUCACUGGUGCGCUUAAACUGUACUUCAGGGACUUGCCAAUUCCACUCAUCACGUACGAUGCCUACCCCAAGUUUAUAGAGUCUGCAAAAAUGAUGGAUCCUGAUGAGCAAUUGGAAACCCUUCAUGAAGCACUGAAACUACUGCCGCCGGCUCACUGCGAAACCCUCCGGUACCUCAUGGCACAUCUGAAGAGAGUGACCCUCCAUGAGAAGGAGAAUCUGAUGAGUGCAGAGAACCUUGGGAUCGUGUUUGGGCCAACCCUAAUGAGAUCUCCUGAACUAGAUGCAAUGGCCGCACUGAAUGAUAUCCGGUAUCAGAGACUGGUGGUGGAGCUGCUGAUCAAAAAUGAAGAUAUUUUAUUUUAAAUUUUCACUUUGAAGGGGAAAGAAAUGUUCUACAGAUGAAGGAAUGUUUUAUAGUAAUAUAAUUGGCUCCAUUAUUUCUUGGCUAGAGGUUUGGGCAAAUAACCAGAUUAAAAUGAAGGAUCUUUCUGUCGUUUCUGUAGCGCCACCCUGCUGUCCUUGUAAAACAGUGAACACAUGCUUUCCAGUUCUCGUAAUCCUGGGUGUUUAUCAUGUUAAGAAAAACACAAGCUAUUGCAUGAUUACCCUUGUUUGGUAAGGAAACCCCACACCAAGGGAACAGACCUGCGCCUGCACUGCCUCUCCGUCCCGGCCUGUGGUCAUCACCCAGCAUGUUUCCCAGAGUAAACUGUCGUGACUGCUUUUGGGGUCCUUGCCAUUGGUUUCGGAUGCUUGUACACACAUGCACACACAAGCGGAUAAGCAGCACCCCUGGCUAUUGCAUUGCAUAGAUGUCUCACACGCCGACUUCACAGGUGGCUUCUCUCUGGUUCCUCUUAGCUCUAACAGCAAAAGCAAGAUGUGUUUUCAGAUCUAUUACUUUAAUAAGUUACCCUACCAAUAAAAAUGUACAACACAGAGCAUUUUCUGUUAAGUUAUUGGUUUUUAGUUGUAAUUUUGUAUUUUUAUUGGCAUGCGUUUAUUUAUUAAAUUUGGCUUUAGAAAU